GUCUUGAACUCUACAGUGAAGUGGACCAGCGGAACUGAAGGAUCACAGCACAGCGUUCUUUCGUCAGAUUCGUGAGUCUUGUGCUUUGUAUGUGCUAGAGCCGGAGCAACAACAGAACGCACGAGUAAGUACGCAAUUUAUUCAAUAUUACAUUUAUUCGUUUCUUGGGCUACAUGCUAAUGCAGAUGUUUCGUUUUAGGUGCCAAAAUGUUGCUUCAUGUGCUGUUGUUAUCAGCGUGCCUAAUCGGCAGCACGUUCAGUCGGAAUUUACCAGAGGGUAAGCUAAUAUGCAACUAUAUUUCAUAUCAACCUAAAAAGCUGACGCAUAUUAUUCUAAUAUAACGCAUAUUAUUCUAAUUCGCAUUACUUUUGCGCGCUUUUGCUAAAUAUACUUUAUCAUUUGCGCGCGUAAGAAUUGGGUUGUUCCAAUGCGGUUCACACAAUAGGCCUGUUGUUCUACAGCAUAUACAUGUAGUUACGUAUCAUGACGCGUAUGCGCGCUGAAUUGCACAUUUGCAUAUAUUCCAUAACGCAGAUUUGCGCAUAUUAUGCGUGUAUGUGUUGUAUAUAGCAGAUACAAGUCUUUAACAAUUGCUAUAUGAACAAAUUUUGUCUUGGUAAACCAAUACCACUUUAUACUGUUAAUACUAGAACGCAUUGUCUGUCAGCAGUAAAGUACAAUGUAUUUACUUAGCGCAGUGAACACGCACAUUUGGAAUAUAAAUUGUGACAUUUGCUAAGGGUUUCUUGUUGAAUUCCGUGCCCAAAUUUCGAUAUAUAAACGCUAAUGGUAUGCCAUAUAUGUACUGGUUCCCAUUGAUCAAUCACAUACCAGAGGCUUAUAUUUUUGCCCAAACAGUAAGAGGUCGAUUUAAUCUUGUUCUUUCAACUAUUAUUUACAAAUCAUUCGGUUUAAAGUACGAUUUUGAUCAAAAUGUCUGGUCUAAUUUUUUGCGUCUUGUUCUCAAGAAUCAUGCAAAUCUACAAAUGUUAUGGUUUAUUGUGUUGCUUUAUGAUUGGAAAAAUUAAUAUUUACACAUGCAAGUAAUUGACAUAGCUUGUGUUGUUCCAUGUCAAAAAUUAUGAAUUGAUAAUACAUAACUUUGUAUGAAUUAAAACAAACAUGCUAAUUAUCAAAAAUAGAACGCUUCCUGGUUUUGUAUUUGACGGGAAAAAGAUCGUAAGAUAUAAAUAUAUAUAAAUAUAGAACAAGUCAGUGUUGCAAAAAGCUUUCUCUAGGUAGAAGCGCACAAUGAUUGCUAGUAUUGCGGUGAAAUGAAACGCGCUGAUUGAAUGUAAUUAAAUGAAUGAAUUUUUUUACAGCAUACAAAUAUAUGCUGAAUGACAAAAAAAACUAUAAAUAAUUACUAUAAAUUACAAAUUGCAUACUGUAUUAAUAAAUUAAAAUACGCUCAGAGCGGUUGGAAUAGAACUAAUAAAUGUUAGACGGAACACACCCGCUAUGGUACGUAUUUUAUUCAGGUUUUAUUUAGUUUAUAUACCCUAUAAAAUAUCCAAUGCAAUUUAAAUAUAUUGCAUAAAUGUAUGCCUGGGCUUUCUGUGUACGUAUAAGCACGAUAAAGUUGAAAUCCACUUAUGAUAUAAUACUAUAAUUGAAUAAAAGGGCAGCAUUUAGUUCUGUGUUUGAUUUAAAGUGUAUUUGUUUGGGCAAUCAGUACUUAUAUAAAAUUUAGGAAGGUUUGAACUCUUCCGUGUGUAGACUGUGUGUAUACGUACGAAUGAAAAACGCUUAAAAUGCAGAGGUAAAAUCAGAUGUGGUUGAUUUCAAACGAAAGGGAUGAAGUCAUGAAGAAUUAACAUUAAAUUUUCAACAAAUCUUUGUGUUCAGUUCUUUAUAGGAAUAUAGCUACACAUGUCUAUCGAUAUAUCAUAUCCGAUUAGGUCUUGCGUGUAAUUGCGGAAUUGUGAUAUACAUGCAUGCAUUGCGUGAUACAUGUUAUCACGCGAAAACAGUCUGUUCCAUUGUCUGUGGGCUCGUUUGAUAUAUUAAUUGCACUAUCCUUAAUCGAGUGAUUAUAAUCAUCGAAUGAUUGAAAGUAGGCAGGACACUCGAUGGUUGGUUGACAGAAGUACAGGUGAUAUCUUCAUGUUUUGCGCAAGAAUAUAUUUCCCUUUGACCCCGAUCCCAUUCGCAACCCUAUCCCUAUCAGCGAUAGUCCGCAUAUCUUUAAAAUCCAAGAAAACAUAUGUUAUAAUUUAUGCGAUAAUGGCAUGCUGUUGAUGCUUUCUGAGCAUAAAACUAAUGCUAUGAAGAAAAGGUUUAGUUGUAGAGCUGCAAAAAUCUGGAAUUAACAAGAUGAAGAUGCUGGAACGGAAAUAGUGAAUGAAUUAAACCUUCCAUUACGUAAUCAUUAUAAUUGUAGUUUUGUUUCCGAAGUGUAAUAAUGUUAGCAUGUGAAAGUAGUAUAUUAUUGUUUAGCCAAGUCUUGUUUAUACAGGGUGUCCCAAAAGAACCCAAAACUAUUGAAAUAACGUAUUGUUAGAAUUUGAAUAAGCUGGGUGCAUAUGUUAAAUAUUGACUUAUUAAGAAAUUAAAAUAUCUUUGUAAAGCGCACGAAAUUUUCUGCUCUUGGGAAUUUAAAGCAGCAUCUUAAUUAAAAAGUUUCUUAAUGCAGUAAAAUUUACUUAUGUCAAGUUUUUAUGCACUUGUGGGUUCAGCAGAGUGCUGAGGCAUUCAAAUUCCAACAAUAUGUUAUUUCGACAAUAGUUUUGGUUUGUUUUACGACACGCUGAAUGAUGUAUGUACCAGGGGCGGCGGAACCGGGGGGGGGCUAAAGCCCCCCAGAAGUAAAAGUGGGGGGGCUUAGCCCCCCCCCCCAGAAAAUUUAGUUUUUUCUGAAAAAUUUUUGAUAAUUAAGGAAAAAUUUAGGUUAUUUUUUGAAAAUUUAGGUAUAAGGGGAAAAAUUUGCAAUAUUUUGUUUAAAAAUUUUUCAUCCCUUUUCUUGUAUAUGUCCGGAAAAAGUUUUGUACCCCUAAAAUGGUACACUGACCGAAAAUGUUUUGGCGACGGGGGGGCGGAGGUCACGGAAAAAAAAUUUAGCCCCCCCAGAAUGAAAUCUGUUUCGCCGCCGCUGGUAUGUACGGUCCUAUCGAAAACAGCCAUUUUAAUUAUGCCUUUUUAUUAUCUUUUGUGUAUACUAUAUUUUGAAACUUUUAGUCAAGAAAGAUAGGCGCGUGUUAAAAUAUCAUUGAAUACAAAAACAAAAUACCCAGCUUUUGAAGGAUAACGAAGGAUAACACUAAAGCCCCGUUUACACCACGCUCCAUUUUUGGUACGGCACGGAUAAAAUUGGUACCCGUACCACUUUUUUGGUUCUUGGACUACCUAUUUAGGUAGUCCAAUAACUAGCCUGCGUAGCAGGCCCACCCUCGCCCUCCCCCCUAAAUAGCGCCUGCUACGCAGGCUAUCCAAUAACUAAAAAAGUGGUACGGUACCAAAAAAUGAGCGUAGUGUAAACGGGGCUUAAGCCAAGUCAAGAAGAGACUUCGAUGAGCAGCUAUGCAGGGGUCGAAAUUUAAUUUUUUUGGUACUAUACAGCCGGAAUAGUAGAUUUUUAUAUUUACUAUUCCGUCUGAAGAUCCACUAUUCCUUAAUGUACUGUUUCUGUUCAUGAAAUCAUCCUUGAGACUCCUAAAGUGAACUGAAUAAUUGAAUAACAAAAAAUAAACAUGUACAGUGCAUUGCUCUGUACAGUGAUGAACAAAUUAUUAACAAAAAACAAAGUUCAAACACUGAAAUGAACUUGGGAACCGCGCUUUGAAAAGUGACUUGAAAACGACAAUAAUAUUGCUGCAAAGAAAUUAGAAUAUGCAAGUACUGCAAGCGAACAAGAACUUAGCUACGAAGUGGAACAGUGGCUCAAAGUCCGGUUUAAAGUGAUUUUUUAUAAGAUCAGGAAAACCCUUGCUUGUCGAUAUUUGGUACCACAAUUUUUUCUACUAUACUUUUCUUUUUUACUAUUCCGUCAUGCAUUUUAGUAUAUUCAGAAUAGCGGGAAUUUCGACCCCAGCUAUGCAAUAUCAAAUUACUUCUAGAGACCCGUUUACAUUUGCAAUUUCGACUUUAGGUGCGAUUUUCUUCUCCCGAAUGUAUGUGAACGAGUUAGGAAUGUUUAGACGAGGGUGCAUUUUCUCAGAGCAUUCAUAACUUAUUUACUCGUUCACAUGCAUCACAAGAAAAUUGCACGAGAAAUCGCAGCAAAAAUUGCAAGGGUGAACGGGCCUUGACAGGCUGACGCAGUGACGCAAAUAAAUGUACUACUUCAGCGUGAUCUAAAACCAUACUUGGUCAUGCGUAGCAGGAGUUUAUCAUGUAGUGCGCGCGUAUCGUACGUAAUAGUUUCUAGAGAUAGAUUAUAGUUACCCGUAAAUGAAAGGUUGUUCAAGCAGCAAUAAUAAUCUUCUUGAACUACAAGAUCUUUUCUACAAUAUUUGAGUUCUCUUAACCGGCAUUUGAACUUUUGUUCAGCCUAUUGACUUAUUUCAAAACAUCAAAAUCAUCCCAUCUUCCAUCAUGUAAACAGCCCCUACGAUGCCUGUUCAGGAGGUAGGAAAAGUGCAAUAAUUUGAAUAUCAAACACCUUGCACAAAGUCAAACGUCAGCUAAAUACUCUAAUUCUACUCUCUUGGCAUGGGCGAUUUUAUACGAAUACCUAUGCUUAUAAUUUGUUGCUUCUGUAUAUAAAAUUGUAAUACUGUCAGUGGUGAAGCUUGCCAUAGAGCUGAUGAUAGAGCUAUCCAGUUGAAAUAUUGCAUUGUUGUGCAUAUAUUUUAUCAUCUGUUAUGUCGCAAUGCCAUUAGUGAUACUAUGGUGAUACGUUAAUUGGAACGUAUCUUAUUUCAUCGAUCCAUCAAUCCUGUAAGCACUCUUUGUAAAACUAUAUGGUAAAACUCAUUAAUAAUUCAGGAAGACAAUUCAAAACAACUCAAUGUUUAAUCAGGUGUUGUGUAUCCACAUAUACAAGAUUUUCUUGAUUUGAACAAACUUUCUCUUCGCUUUUCUCAGGCUCAGUUACAUGACUUCUUUCUGAAGUCCUUAUGUUUCACAAACUAUAUACAGCAUUCGCGUCCGCCGUCCGUGUUGUAUAGUACAUACAACCUUCGACUCGAGUUUGUAUAUCUGAUACAACACGGCGCGCCGCUCAUACUGUACAAUAUCACACGUGAGUGUGCGACCAGACAGUUGUUUGUUACAAGAAUCGAACUCUUCCCGUAGAUUGGAAGUUCUGAAAUUUCAAAGGCAACCGGUUUCACAUUUCUGUGAAAGAUGUUAACACAGGUCUUUUUAGUCUGGGUACUUUGGUCACUUUGGUACUUUGGAUCAAUAAGGAAUGGUCAUUAUUGAACAUCUAGGAAGAACAGUUUAGGAGCCAUGCAAAAUUUAUUGGAACCACUGGCCGGAGCAAAUCAAUUUUGAAUGUUAAAAAAAGCAAGCCCCGCUUAGGUUGGUUGUGAUAAAAAUCUCCAGCCCCGCUCAGAACUUUGUUAAAAAAAGUUGCUGCCCCGCACUGCUGUCAGUAAUGAAAGCUUGAGCAGCUGUGUUUACCGUAGAGUUGCUUACCAUGUACAGCCAGAGGAAAUCGCCGAAAUGUGCGAGAGGUCUGACACUGCGACGUACCCCCGCGGGUCUGAACUGAGACUCAAGAGAAUAAACCGCGCCCUGGCCUCUCACUUGUAGUUAUUUGAUCACUUUGCAAGGCAAAAAAAAUCUUUGUGCCCCGCUUCUAUGCGGCUCAAAAAAAAGUAUGUGCCCCGUCACCUUUUGCUCUGGCCCCGUAUGAAAUAAAUUUUGCACGGCCCCUUAGAACGAAGUUAGUUUGAAGAAUAAGGAAUAGCCUCAAGAAAGAACAGUUAAGAACUGAUAAAGCUAUCAGUAUAAAUGAAGUUAAUUUGGAUCUCUAGGAAGAACAGUUUAGAACUGAUAAAGCUAUCAGUAUAAAUGAUGUUAGUUUGGAUCUCUAGGAAGAACAGUUUAGAACUGAUUAAGCUAUCCAGUAUAAAUGAAGCUAGUUUGAAGAUUAAGAAAUACCCUUAUUGGAUCUCUAGGAAGAAAAGUUUAGAACAGAUUGAGCUAUCCAAUAUAAAUGAAGUUAGUUUGAAGAUUAAGAAAUAGCCAUUACUGGAUCUCUAGGAAGAACAGUUUAGCCAACUGAUUAAGCUAUCCAGUAUAAAUGAAGUUAGUUUGAAGAUUAAGAAAUAGCCCUUACUGGAUCUCUAGGAAGAACACUUUAGAACUGAUUAAGCUAUCCAGUAUAAAUGAAGUUUAAAUAGUUUGAAGAUUAAGAAAUACCCUUACUGGAUCUCUAGGAAGAACAGUUUAGAACUGAUUAAGCUAUCCAGUAUAAAUUAAGUUAGUUUGAAGAUUAAGAAAUAGCCCUUACUGGAUCUCUAGGAAGAACACUUUGGAACUGAUUAAGCUAUCCAGUAUAAAUGAAGUAAAAAUAGUUUGAAGAUUAAGAAAUACCCUUACUAGAUCUCUAGGAAGAACAGUUUAGAACUGAUCGAUAAACCUAUCCAGUAUAAAUGAAGUUAGUAAUUUGAAGAUUAAGAAAUACCCUUACUGGAUCUCUAGGAAGAACAGUUUAGAACUGAUUAAGCUAUCCAGUAUAAAUGAAGUUGGUUUGAAGAUUAAGAAAUAGCCCUUACUGGAUCUCCCUAGGAAGUACAGUUCAGAACUAAUAAAGCCAAUAAGUAAUACAUGUGAGUGAAAAUUUACUUGACUCAAAAAAUGAGUGAUUUUGCUCAAAACCUUUGAACAAUUUUGCUAAAGUUUUCGAGGCAAUAUUUUUGCAGUGUAGUUGCGUUUUUUUGCAACUCCUCCCGGUUAGGUAUGAACUGUGCAUGCAUUGCUCGUUCUCAAUCUAUAAAAUCCCUUCAACUUUCCACAGGUUCAGCCGACUUAGUUGAGAAAUUAGGACUUAAAGAUCAAACAAAGGGUGUGAAAAAAGUGAACAAAUUCUGCCAUGAUGCCGCUUACGAAUUGGACGACAAAGCCAGACUUAUGAUGGACACAAGCAAAGUCUUCCCUGAAGGGCUAAACCUACGGAGCUUCGGCAUUGUCAUGACUGUUAAGAUGAAGAAGGGCAACACGGGUCAUAUCUUCACGAUGUACUCCGAGAGUAGUACGCCUGUGCUUGCCAUACAAGCGAACCCGCUAAGACUCGAGCAUAAAGACGGCGUGCUUGAUUUGGCCGUGGAGGAUUCUAUUACGGACGAAAUGUGGCAUACGAUAGCGAUCGCUGUUACUGAGGGGCAUGUUGAGGUGUUGGUGGAUUGUGAUAGUGCCAACUACAUGAGACGAGGGGAUUUCGAUAACAGCACCAUCAUCACAGGUGGACAGAUCUUGUUGGGAAUGCGUUUCUCUGGUAAUGGUUUCUUGGUAAGUUUUAAGCGCUGGGGCCGGUUUUUCAAAUGUUGGUUAGUUUUAUCCUACAAUCCUGGUCAAAAAUCCUUGGCGCACUUAGUAAAAAUAGCAUAACCUUCACUUCAUUUCUGAUUACCAUAUACAUGCAUACUUGCCCAUUUUAUGCGAAAUUUCAUGUCCAAACACCCCCUAUCGCCCUUAUCAAUGUUGUGUAACACCUUGGACGUAUAAAACACUACACACAACAUUGAACGGGGGAAAGGGGGGGGGGUUGCUAUGCUUGUUAUUGAUGUGGGAGUCAAAUUUCGCAGUCAGUGUCAAGUGCGCCAACAUUUUUGACCAGGAUUGUAGGUUAAGAAAAUCUUCAAAAGCAAACUUCCCAAUGGCUUGUUUUUAAAAAUCAGCGGUGUACAACUGAGAUGAUAACAAGGGGACAACACGUGGAAAGUUCCAGUAUUUAUUUUUGGUUCUAUCAUUUUUGGUUAUUUAAUAAUUCAUGAGUAAAUUAGCCAACCAUAUUGCUUUAUUUUGCUCACAUGAUAAUACUGGAUACCCGGUGAAGUAAUCUGAUCCAGUACUUUUAGUAGUGAUUUAUUCGUAUGAGAUGUCAUUUCAAAUCCUCCAAUUCGGACUGGACCAGAUUGCAUUUUGAUUCAGUCCUCGGUUUCGCCUCGGGCUUGAUCAAAUUGCGUGAACUUGAAAUCUAGUCCAGUCCUUACAGUUGGAUUUGAAAUAUUGCAUCAAAAUCGGAACCUCUAUAAACGAUGGCCAGAGUAAUGGUAAGAGUGCGCACUGCGUGUUAAUAGAGAGCUUAAGCGCGGCCGGCUCAACGACGCGGUCUGAAUUUCAGCUCAAGAAUGAGCGCUAAGCAAUUUCUUUACUGUAAUAUUUGAAAAUUUUUCAAAUAACUGCUCAGUUCGACUAAAGGGAUGUAAUGUUUGCUGUUAUUUCAACUUUAAGUAAGACAUCUUGGGUCACAACAAGCUUUCACGUUGCCUCAAAGACGUGAUAAUGCUUAGUAAAGCCGUGGAGAAUACCCCUGCGAUCACAAAUUAUUCACAGUUUUUGUCUUGCAUGACAAAUUUCUUUCAUUCACAAGCGCGUCGUUGAGCCGGCCGCGUCGCAGAUCUUAAGUUCUCUAAUAGGUUACGAAACACCUUGUCAAUAUGUAUCGAUUUCUAUUUCCUAAUAGACAACUUGCAUGUUAGACUAAUUUUUUAUUUAGGCAAAAAAAGUAAAUUCCCGUAAAGGACUUAUUAAAAUUAGUAAAAUAGCAAAAUUUGGUUACGAAAUGUUGUAAAAUACGGAAAAUGCGAAGUUCGCAAAUUUUGUAUAUAUGUUUGUAUUACGUGCGGAAAUUGCUUGAGCCGAAAAUGGUAACAAUUUCCGCACGUAAUACAAACACAUACAAAAUUCGCAAACUUUGCAAGGCUAUAUUUUCAAAGCUUAAUAUCAUUUCGCAACCAAAUUUUGCAAUUUUACUAAUUUCAUUACGUUCUUUUUAGCUAUGGUGUUUGAUUCCCUUCUCUUUACUUAGAAUAAAAUUUAGUCUAACAUGCAAGUUGUCCAUUACUUCCAGGGUUCGGUUGAAGAAGUAACAAUCCUUCCAGGCAAGCCUGGUAAAGCUGUGUCAUACUGUAACGACCUUACAGAUUGCAAAGCUAAAGUAACAAAAAAAAAUCGUGGUCUUGAACCCGUUGAAGUUCCACCUCAACCUUCUACACCCAAUGAUAUUCAACGUGCUGAUGUUCAAGCGAUUCCUGAUACUGUCGUCGUUGUUGAUGGAAACACUUACUAUGUAAGCAUGUUUGUUUGUUUGUUUGUUUGUUUGCUUGCUUGCUUGUUUGUUUGUUUGCUUGCUUGUUUGUUUGCUUGCUUGUUUGCUUGUUUGUUUGCUUGUUUGCUUGCUUGUUUGCUUGCUUGUUUGCUUGCUUGUUUGCUUGUUUGUUUGUUUGUUUGUUUGUUUGUUUGUUUGUUUGUUUGUUUGUUUGUUUGUUUGUUUGUUUGUUUCGUUUCGUUUCGUUUCGUUUCGUUUCGUUUCGUUUCGUUUCGUUUCGUUUCGUUUCGUUUGUUUUGUUUUGUUUUGUUUUGUUUUGUUUUGUUUUGUUUUGUUUUGUUUUGUUUGUUUGUUUGUUUGUUUGUUUGUUUGUUUGUUUGUUUGUUUGUUUGUUUGUUUGUUUGUUUGUUUGUUUGUUUGUUUGUUUGUUUGUUUGUUUGUGUGUUUGUUUGUUUGUUUGUUUGUUUGUUUGUGUGUUUGUUUGUUUGUUUGUUUGCUUGUUUGUUUGCUUGUUACUUGUUUGUUUGUUUGUUUGCUUGCUUGUUUGUUUAGUAUUCUAUGUCGUUGUUGUUGGGUGAGUCACUUAUUGUAUAAGUAGGUUUGUUUGUUUGUGUUGUUGGAUGUGCUUAAGAUUCUGGAGUUGGUUGUUGACCAAAAACACUUAUUAUGUGUGUUUGUCUCGUUAUAGACAUACUUUCACAGGCCUCGAUAAAGUGCGCGAGCGCCGCUCGCAGGCACCUUUUACAUUUUUGCAGGCACAUUUUAAAAUACUGACAUUUUAACAAUAUUUAGGUCACAAAAUCUAAAUAAGAUGUGUUUUUGCAGGCACAUUUUGAAUUUCGCUCGCAGGCACGAAAAAAUGUUAUCGAGGCCUGUAGUUUCCGUUUGAUUAUUUGGUUCCUUUUUUAAUAAAAUUCUUUAAAUUUCAGAUCAAAGGUGAUAAAGGAACAAAUGGUCCCCCAGGAUCUCGUGUAAGUCACAUGGAAUUCUUCCGACACGUGCAAUACACCCUUCCCUUAAGCCCUG